AUGGCACCAAAUGGUUACAAGAAGAUCUCCUCCACUAGUGAAUCUGCCGAGAAAGUUGGUUUUGUUUCUUUCCUUUGGUUGCAAUGGAUGAACGAUGUCAUGAAGACAGGCAGUAAACGAACCUUAGAGGAAGAAGACUUUGUACCACUCUCAAACGAGAACACCUCACAGUCAGCCACAGAACUUCUUGACAAAAAAUGGAAAGAGGAAAUAGCUAAUUCCAUUAGGAAGAAGAAAAGACCGAAGUUGUGGAAAUGUGUUUUGAAGAUGAUUUCCCUCAGGGAAGCUGUUUUUGUUGUUUGCUGUGAUGUCUUGUUCGCAAUCGGCUCCCUCCUUUCACCAUUGCUCAUUGGAUAUCUGAUUUUUAUGUUAAUGUCACCUGAAACACAUCAGAACAACAUCCUUCAUGGUUGCGUGUUAGCAACUGCCAUGGCUGCAACCACUUUGGUCGGGACCCUCGGCAUGCAACAUAACUCUUACGCGGGUGAAUUAAUGGGCAUCAGACUGAGUAACGCAGUGAAAGGUCUCGUUUACAGAAAGGUGAACACAAGAAGGGUAACUGACUCGUCCCCAGCGUUCCCCAUAAUCUGCGCGCCGUUUACUUUUUCCCAUCCCGCUGCACUUGCCCUUGUUAGUUACCGACACUGUCGCUUUGAAGAAGAUUGGAAACGAGUCAGGGUAGGGUUGGGUUAGGUAUGGGGAAUGGGCGCAAUCUUUGUUAAUUCUCUCGACACUUUUUCCUUCGCUUUUCGAUACACUUUUGUUCUUAACCCUAGAUUAUGGAGUAGUCAGAGAAAGUUUUUAAUGAAGUGUCUAAGUAGGUAAUCUAGGACUGCAUUCCGUCUUUUCUCGGCAACACUGUAUAUUCGCAGGCUGGUAUUACAUAUUAACCAGCAUCUGAAAUGAUUAUGUUCAAGCUGAAGCUUCUAUGAAUUCAUAUACUUUCGCAAACCUGAACAAUAAGAUUUGUCUUGACUCCUCUAGUUACGCCUCUGUCUUGGGAGCGUGAGAGGUAGUUCAAUCUGAAGCUUGAAUCUUUGAUCUCGCGGGUGGCAGCCGGCGUUCUAGCAAUUUGGCCAGACCCAGUUGGCGGUCUUCAUUGGCUCCUUAAUGUAUUCGAUGAAAAAAAAUGAUUGGGAAUUGAACUUUGGUAGUGCGUUUUUCCUUGGAGAUGAGUAGAACUUGGUAAUUAAUUCCGAACUAACCAAUAAGUGCACUCGAAUUGAACUAUCCACUUGAGUGGUAUACACUAAUCAUCUUCAAUAUAUACUAAAACAGUGUAUAGCGUCGAAGGCGUGCGCUGAUUGGGUUUUUCGCCCGAAAAUAAUGUAAUCGUUGCGAGAAAAAAUGAGUCAAAAUCAUCUUUUUGUGUCUUUUUCUCUGACUGUUUUAGUACAUACUAAAGCAAUAACUCGGUGGCCAGUGGUGGGUAUUCACCACGCCACUUUGCAGCUGGGUAAAUAUCCACCACCAGCCACCUUUAUUUUGGCAAAUGGUAGUUAAUGAUUCUGAUUGCUUUCUGCACUAAACACGGGUUUUCUUUUUCAAGAAGUCAAUUCUAGUAUUGAUAUUGUUUCAUUCUCAGAUCUUACUACUUAGCAAGAGCUCACUGUCAAAGUUUUCAGCAGGGCGUGUGAUCGACCUGCUGUCAAAUGAUGUUCAGCGGAUGGAGACAGCACCUAAAUGUAUUCUAUCAAUGAACUCAGCCAUACUCCAAAUCGUCCUUGCAACGCUUAUAAUCGCCUAUCUGAUUGGCUGGCAGGCUCUUAUGGGAGAGAUAUUUCUCUGGCUUCUUCUACCGUAUUACGCCGAGAUGUCUUCUGUCAAUGCCGCACUGCGUCUGCGUUCAGUGGCGGAAUCUGAUCGGCGAAUUUCUUUGACAAACCAAAUGGUUUCUGGGAUACGUGCUAUCAAAGCGCAUGCGUGGGAGGAUGAAUUCAGAGAAAAAAUAAAACAUACGCGAAGGUAAGGGAAAUUUAAAAACCUACUUAAUUUUUAAGAUAACCGCAGAACAUCUUCGCACCGAUACCUUUGGGUGAACGAAGUGAUAGUAUUAGUUUACUAGCGUGAUAACUCGUGCAAGAUUUCGGGAGAACACUCCAAGAGUUUUUUAUUUACCAAUUUAACAUUUAUGGCUGACGAGGGCGGCUGUGAGGGAGGUUGGAAGUCAUAUUUAGGAAUCUCUUGUAACCAUGACGAAGUACUGUUUAUUGAACUUUGCUUAUUGUAAAAUGUGUUCAGUUUUCAGAGAGUUUUUGAGUGUAAUAAACGAUACGUAUCUGAACAACCAAUGCAGAGUGAAGAAUGCAGAGUUUCUGAUCAGUACCUUCAGUUUCUCCAAAAAUAAUAAUAAUAAUAAUAAUAGUAAUAACUUUAUUUAUACGUCAAAAAUUGAUCAGCUUAAUUUAAAUAUAAAGACAGCUGGUAUAAACCCAUGUGCAGUUGUUAAACCAUUUCAAAUUAGUGUACCAAUAAAAAACUAUUAAAAACUAAAAGGUAAGAUUUGGUUACAAAAAUAACAGCUAAUGUAUAAAUAUAUAUAUAUAUGUAUAGAGAGAGAGAGAGAGAGAGAGAGAGAGAACCCUAUGUUACAUUUGUGCUGUAUUUUGUCUUGCUCUAAGAAAUACUAAAAUGUUUUUACUUACAAGUUCUUAAAUUUAAGUCUUUAGCCUGCAAGUCUAGGUAAAUUUUUCCGUUCUUUUCCAGCUGCAAAUUUGAAUGUAGACUGGCCCAUUGCAGAUUUUACUUUAGGCAAGUGAGUUUCUCGGGCAUCUCUUAAGGACCUGCCACAAAGUUCUUAUCUGAAAUUCACAUAACUCUGAAGUUGCGUGGGACAACCGUAGUUAUUAACAAUUUUAAACACUAACUGAAGACGCAUAUAUCGUUGCCUGCUGGAUAACGUAAGAAGUCCUAAUUUGUCUCUCAUCCUUGGAGUGCAAGUCAGAUAGUUUGUCUUAAGAUUAUUCUCAAAGCUUUAUUCUGUAGCCGUUCUAAAACAAAGGGAAAUCCUCCUAGUGCAGGAUCCCGCAUGGUAAAACCGCAAUCUAAAAAAAGACGAAAAUCUGUUUAACAAUUUAAGUUUAGGGUAAACUCUGGACGCGACGUAAGACAUGUGACUGUUCCAAGAUAACGAUUCAUCUACUACCACGCCAAGGUACUUAAAAGAUCUCUCCUGAUUUAUAUGAUAAAUAAUAAGAAUAAUUGAUAAUCUUUUUGUUUCUUUCAGACGAGAAAUAAGCAUCAUCCGUACGAAAAGUUUCAUUCUUUCAAGUUUGGCUGCCUUGGAGUAUACUUCAAUACCAAUCCUGCUGUCUGUUAUUACUCUGCUGCUUACUGGUCAACCCCUAACACCAGUCAAUGUUUUUAUGCUCUUAAUGUUUAUUAACCUGCUAAAACUUACUACUUGUCUUGACAUUGCGUAUGGUGUGGUGGAGACACGGGAAUCAUUUGCAUCACUCGGAAGAAUAGAAGAUUUUCUUACUUCAGAUGAUUUGUUUUCCAUCUCUGAGGAUUAUUGUCUACAAGACAGACGAACAGUAAUAGAGAGAAAGUGGGGCAAGUUACAAAACGAUUCUACAUCUAUGAGCCAGUCGUAUGUAUCAGAUGAAGAUCCCCUCACCGAUCAGUGGAUUAACCCUUCCAAGCCAGGAACUUUAUGUGUGUCACAUUUAAAAUGUAAAGAAAUGAUGAGGAAAGAUGAAUUUAUUCUUCAAGAUGUGGACUUCGUUGCUGCAUCAGGAAGCUUGACAGUUGUCACCGGGCCAGUAGGCAGCGGUAAAUCAACUCUUCUUUCAGCGAUCGCUGGCGAGAUGUCAGACGUAAGCGGAACAAUAAGCCGUCAAGGAACUUUUGUGUAUGCACCGCAAAUAGCCUGGGUGUUCUCUGGAACAUUAAGAGAAAAUAUUUAA